AUGCCAAACAGCAGUAUUGAGACUGGGAAAUUGCUCUCAACUUGUUUUCUGAAAGCAAAGGCUUCUCCUUUGUUUCAACCGGAACAGGUGCUCAGUCAUUGUUUGAGAAAAGCAGAGGAAAACAAAUAUAACGCAUAUAUUAAAGUUUGUUCGGAGUAUGCAAAAACCAAAUUACAUCAGACCCAAAGCAAACCAGAGCAUCCAUUGAGAGGAAUUCCUUUUGCAGUGAAGGAUGCUUUUUGUACAGAAGGAAUUAACACAACUAUGGCGAGUAAUAUUCUUAGAGACUAUAUUCCUCCUUAUACAGCAACGGUAGUGAAAAAAUUAGAAGAUGCUGGUGCAAUAAUGAUCGGAAAAACAAAUAUGGACGAAUUUGCUAUGGGAAGUGGAACAAUUUUUGGAGCCUUUGGUGAAACAAGGAACCCACUCGAUGAAACAAAAAUUUCAGGAGGUAGUUCAGGUGGUAGUGCUGCGGCUGUUGCAGAAGAGAGCUGUUUUUUCUCUUUGGGAACUGACACUGGUGGUAGUGUUCGCUUACCUGCAUCCUAUUGUGGUGUUGUAGGAUUUAAACCUUCAUAUGGAUCCUGUAGUAGGUAUGGAAUGAUUUCAUAUGGGUCAUCAUUGGAUACUUGCGGAAUUUUCUCAAAAACCGUAAAAGAAAGUGCUAUUGUGUAUAACACAAUGUGUGGAACAGACUACAAUGAUUCAACAACAAAGAUUGAUGUCACCACAGUGGACUUGUCUUCAUUGGAAUCAAUCGAAAAAGACUUUAAUACUGGAAUCCUGAAAAACACUAAAAUUGGUAUUCCACUCGAAUAUUUCGUAGAUGAGUUGAAUGACGAUAUUGUUAGCGUUUGGGAAGAAACAAUUAAGUGGCUGCAAGACCAAACAGGAGCUCAGAUUGAAUAUGUAUCUCUGCCUCACACCAAAUAUGCUCUCUCAACAUAUUAUGUUAUCGCCACUGCAGAGGCGUCAUCAAACCUUUCAAGAUAUGAUGGGCUAAGGUAUGGAAAUAAGGUUUCAAAGAAGCAAGAUUUGUUGUCAUAUUACCUGCAAAAUAGAACAGAGGGUUUUGGAAAGGAAGUACUAAGGAGAAUUGUUUCUGGAACAUUUGCACUUUCAGUUGACAAAUACGAUACAUUCUUCAAGAAAGCACAACAAACAAGAAGGCUUAUUACCAAUGAUUUUUACCAGCUACUGCAAGAUCAAGGAAUUAAGUAUUUAUUAACGCCUUGUACUCCAACCCCAGCACUUGAUAGAGAUGCAUUUACGAAAAUGUCGCCAGUAGAAAUGUAUGUGAAUGACAUUUUCACAGUGCCCAGCAGUUUGGCAGGAAUACCAGCAAUUUCGGUGCCUAUUGAGAUCAAUAGCAAAGGAACCAAGUCAAAAAUAGGGUUGCAAUUAAUUGCUUUGGAUGAACAAUCGUGCUUAGAAGGGGCUACCGUUUUGGAAAAAGUUAAACUCUAA